AUGUUUAGGCAGGACACGGACUAUAUGAAGCCAAGGAUACUUCGGAACGUCAUCGUGAAUUUAUGGAACGCGGGCGAUGAUCAAAAGCUGGAACAGGCUAAAGGCUAUUUGGGCCUUCCUGAAAGGUUUGAGACUUCUGACGGUGUGAAACAAAAUUUGAUCUAG